AAAACGUUCGGAUAAAUUGAAACGUGAUCUCGAAGACGCCGUCCGCGAACCCAACUCACAGCAUCGCAAUUCGGGUAGCCCCUCGCAAUUGGGCGCUGACGACGGCGAUAACAUUUCGUUGACAGCUGGCGGCAAUAACGGUGCAAUUGGCGGCAUAGACUAUUACAAUCUCGAUGAAAUGUUGGGUCCGCUACAUGAGCCCAAUUUGAAUCCGUGUUUAGUGUCUUCCUCAAUACCAACAACAAUAUACAUGAAAUUCGAAGCGCACGACAAUGAGUCGCAUGCGGUGCGCUGGAGUCCGGUCGAACGUCUCGUGGCGACCGGCGGCGGCGAUCGUAAAGUCAAACUCUGGGAUGUGGGGAAAGUGGCGCAGGAGCCGCGCGCAGUUUUGGGCGGCAGCAGUGCCGGCAUAAAUUCCGUGGACUUCGACUCGACUGGCACUUACAUAUUGGGUACAUCAAAUGAUUAUGGUGCGCGUGUGUGGACGGUGGCGGAUAGUCGUUUAAGGCACACACUUACCGGUCACAGCGGCAAAGUGAUGGCCGCCAAAUAUCUGCACGAGCCCGUCAAAGUGGUCACCGGCAGUCAUGAUCGUACGCUGAAGAUUUGGGAUCUGCGCAGCAUAGCCUGCAUCGAGACGAAAUUCGCGGGCUCCAGUUGCAACGAUCUGGUGACCACCGACAGUCUCGGCUCGACGAUCAUCAGCGGUCACUAUGACAAGAAGCUGCGCUUCUGGGAUAUCAGAACGGAGAAGCAGGCGGACGACAUACUGUUGCCAGCGAAGAUUACGUCGAUUGACAUGUCGAAGGAUGGCUAUUACCUAAUAUGUUCCAUUAGAGAUGAUACAAUAAAACUGUUAGAUUUACGCAAAAAUCAAAUAAUCGGGUCGUUUUUUCAUGAAAAUUUCAAACUCAGCUGUGAUUGGGCGCGAGCCUCAUUCAAUACGUGCGGUUCGAAGGUGGCCUGCGGGUCGGCCGAUGGUUUAGUUUAUAUUUGGAAUGUCAUGGGCGAAUUGGAGGCGACGCUCAAGGGUCAUACUUAUGGUUCCGGUUUCUUUCACAGCUCGGCGGUGAACGCGGUCAGUUGGUGCCCCAACAGCAAUGCGCUGGCCUCCGUGGGUAAAGGCAAACGCUGCAUCAUUUACACCGAAUCGUAGCCGCGAAGCGAGCGGCAAGGACAGCCGACGAGGCGACAACAGCAACAACAGCGGCGCAGGGCGGGCAACAUGGCUAAGUGGCAGCUAUUGUUUGGCUGCGGUUGCAAGUGGAAGCAACGGUGCAAGCUAAGCGCAAUUUACAUUGUAACAACAACAACAAAAGCAGCAAGGUGUGAAAGUUUCGGUGCGAGUGCGUGGGCGUGCAGCAGUUGGCGUUUAGGGGGGGUGCAGCAUGCAACUCACGAAAGUAAUUGUGUGUUUUGGAAUGUUGCACGUAGUUUUUUAUAUGUUUUAGUUAUAAGUAAUACUUGCUUGCAGCGCAAAGUGGCAAUAUAGAUAAUUGCUGUAAAGCAGCAGCAAACCUAAAGUCAAUGUUUAGCAAUUAUAACAACAAAAAUGGCAAAUAGUCGUGUAGUUACAAGUAAAGUGCGCUGAAUUCAUAACAAAAAAAUAAAAAAAAAAAGUUUUGUAUUUGUAAAAAUUAAUUGUUAACUAUAAUAAGCAAUUCUUUCGGUAUAUGUAUAUUUGCAAUAAUUUUUGUAAAACAUAUUCAUAAAUAUUAAUAAUGUAUUAGAAAUUGCCAGGAGCAAAUUUUGUUUAAUGUGGACAUUAAAAUUUGGACAUUUGGAUUUUUAUAAAUUUCCAAAAAAAUAUAACGACUGCUCGAUGAUAGCUAAAAUUAUAUAUAUUUAUUAAUCAAAUGAUUAAAUUUACUGAAGAAUUUAAUAAAAAUUUAAU